AUGUAGGAAUAAAAUUCACUAUUCUUUUGCCCCGAAAAUGAAGAGAGUGAAAUUAUAAAGGCAAAGACUUAUGAUGUUUAAACCCAGAGAAUACCGGCUAGCUUUUAUUCACAAUUUUCAGAUGGCACUGACUCUUUUAUGGAUAUGAGACGAGAACAUUAAUGCAAUUCUGCUUGCUCUUCAUCUAGUUUACAAUCCUCUCGAACUCUGCCAGAUGAAUGUAUGCAACAUAAUUAUUCAAAAUGUUUAGAUUUAGACAUCUUAUCUGAAGCUGCUAAACAAUCCUUCACUUUUGUAUUCAAAUCCUAAGAAGAUUGGUUGGAACAUUUCACAUCAAAAUGUCUAACCUUAGAUACUUUUUUCAAAGACUGUGCAUUCAAUUCAUUAAUAGAAAAAGAAAUUCAAAAUGAAGAUUCAAAAAUCAAAUUAAGCAUAGUAUUAACUGUAGAUUACUUUACAAACCUAUUCACUUUUUCUUUGUAUCUCAUAUGGAAAUGGAUCCAAAACGAAAACUAGAUGGAUAUGACAAACUAUGUUUCAUGUCAGAAUUCAAUCCCCAUAUUUUUCAAUUUCAUCUUUCAAUAUCGCUCCAAUGAGUUGAAGAACGAUAAAAUCUUUAUUGCUUUCAUAGAAUAAACCAUAUCAACUAUUUCCAAAUCAAAAUUUGCAGAAGACCAACAAUCAAAACCAUACUUAGGAGUUGGAAUGAGUUAAAAUUCUAAACCUCUUCCUGUGCUAAAGGAAAACGAAAUAUUUCCUUGGCACCCAGAAGAAGUAGCCAAAAUAUUAAGCAUCAUUAAUCAAACCUUUUACGCAGAUUUACAAAUUAAAAAUGUAGUUGUUAGAGGAGGUCUUAAAUAUUAUUUCAAAAGAAUUAACUCCUUCUCAUAAUACAUCAUUUACUCAGUCGUUAAAAGUCCUUGUAAAUAUAAGAGAUAGGAAGCUUUGUCAUAUUGGAUCGAUUUGGCAGAAAGAUUAUAACUUCAAAAUGAUCUGGAAGGACUAUUCAUAGUGUUCAAAUAUGGCAUAUAAUUAUUAUUGAAGGAUUAUAUUUCUACGAUGCCAAUCUUAUUCAAACAUCAAAAUCGCAUCUCAAAAAUAAAUGCGUAUUAUGAACAACAAAUAAAAGACAAUCUAAAAAUUAUCAGACCUAAUUCAAAAGGAUACAAUAUUCCUUCCUUCCAAAAAUAUCAGACUCACAUUAAAAGAUUGGAAUUGCAAGCAAAACAGAAUAGAUAAGCUUUUGAAUAAAUUGCUAGUCUUUUAGCAGAGUUGGUGGCAAUUUCAAAAGAAUAAUAAUAUAAAUAAUCUAUUAUGAACCAUUAAUUAUCAUUUUAAGAGCAGCAAAUAGCCAGGUUUUUAACUCAAGGGAUUCAAAAUGAAUUGGAGAAUAACCUUAAGAUCCCUCUAGAAAAAGAAACUUUGGUUUAUAUUGAAUUGAUCAAAUUGUCAAAGAUAAUGAAUUGA